AACUGGUUACUGAGCUAUGAGUCUGUUUACAGAUGAUUGCAAUAUGCCGCGCGUCUAUAAGAGCCUUCGUUCGGGCUUCCUUUAUUCCGGGCUACCUCUUUCGUUGACAGUACCAAACACUCGAUUGACAGUAACUAUAUUGAUCUUCAUUGGCAGCACCAUACUCAUCAAAGAGAAAGUUUAGUAUCACAAUUUACGCAACAUUAACGCGCAACCUCUCGAUUCUUCAUCAGCCACAAUGUCAAGCAACAACUCGACUCAGAACGACGGACGAUUCCUUGGUAGAAGUCUCCUUCGAAGACUCACGGAGAAGGUAGACCUGUCCAAGCGAAAUGUGGGCCCGCCCUCAAUUUCGAAGGUACAGAGGGAAGCUACUGUUUCCCAGGUUAACUUGCGCCCUGUGACACCAGUUAUAGGCCCCAAUAGCCCACUAUACGUCAACCAAUUUGGUGGGCUGCGAACGCGUUCCCCUUCUGUCUCAUCUGCACCGGCUCAAUUGCAACACAACAAGAAGCUUGACACCACAAUAAAGCCCCUUCCAGUAACCGCCCUGAGCAGUAUAAAAGACCCCGAAGUCAAGAGCAGAGUCGAACACAUUGUCAACCGAUUCGAGCUUGAAGACCGCACCGUUCCGUAUCAAGUGGCAUACGAUGCGCUUCGGAUGGCGAAAGGAUCUGUGGACAAGGCGAUUUCAAUCAUCAUGAAAGGUGAGCAUAUCUUCUCCUCCGCUGACGAUGACCCUGAGGUUAGAGAAUACUUAGAGAGCAUAGGUGUUCUUCCAAAGAAGAAGAAGAGAGUGCAGUUCUCCGACGUAAUCAUUUACUGGACUUAAUUUCGUCUACGAUCCCCUACACUCCUUUAUGGUGACUCCCGAUCAAAGUGCAUACUAGUAUAUUGCCCUUAGACUGCAUCAGUACCUACCUAUAGUGCAGGUACAUACGAUUCAAUUCAACUAUGUGAGUCUUGAACCCUAUCCUCAUGAUCGUCUCAAGGGUGAAUGAGAUAUUCCUCUAGAUUUCACAUCCAAAAGAAGUUGUAUUUCAACAUGGUAAAAGAAGAAGGACUAGGUAAAUGUUAGAUAAUGGGAUAAUGAAUAAUGAAUAUAAUUGUUUUAAGAGUUUUGCUCACCUAUGUGGACUCCUAUGCCCCCCUUUUCGGGACAUGUCUUAGUAAUAUUUUCGCAAGCUUGACGGAAUGCUUUUCGAGAGCUUCCACAUGAAGUUUUCCGAAUGGUUCUACUUGAUGUUUGUUUCAGGUCCGAGAUCAUUUCCCUCAAAUAUUUGCGAAGUUGUAGGGUUGGCGAUGA